GUUAUAGUGACCGAUGCUGCAGACAGAAUAUUUUCACUGGUGAUUUAAGAUGGAAGAUAUAAGGAUCAUUGUGGUUAUGACCUUCUGUUGUUUGAUAACUUUAGGAACGCAAGAAAACUUGUCAAAAGCAACAAAACCUUUAAAUGCAAAUCAGUCCUCUUCAGUUACUGCAUCUCCUUCAAAACCGUCGACAAUAACAAAACAUAACCUUCAAGAUAAAAGUGAUACAUAUUUAUCGACUUUAUCGACAUCAACUAUACCUUCAACUCCCACUAUGGAAACAACCAAAUUGACAUCUGCACCAUCUGCAUCGAUACAACCAUAUACUAGCGGAGCAGGCCAAACAUCGUCAAAAAAGCAUACAACGAUACAAACUAUUACAACUAGAUUGUCAAAGACAACGAUAGGAUAUAAUCAGCCUUCGACAACAAAUGAUACAGAAAGAACCUCUUUAGAAACUAGACCAUCUACGUUAUCAGUUUCAUCUUCUAGUACAUCACAAAUACAACUUACCAGUCAAUCAACAGUUAUUUCUACAAAUGCACCUGGUGUUUCAACAGUAGGAAUAGAAACAACUGAAGAGCCAACUCAAACAAAUAUGUUAGUUGACACAACCCUUGACACGACACACACUGGUACAGGCAAAUCAACUCAAGCGUCAGGUAAAACAUCAGUAUCAUUUAAUACAACACAGUCUACAGAUACAACCACAGUGUCAACAACAAGUAAAUUGCAAUCAACAAGUACGAAUACAGAGCCGCCACAACCACCAAUAACAACAAUGAAAAUUGAAUCUUCUAAUGGAAAUAAAAUUUCCCCGCCAUUAUCAUCUACUGCACGCAUUGAAAAAGUUCUGAAUAAUUCUUCAAGUGGUAUAACAACGGAAGAGCCAUCCCAAAGCAUGACAUCUGAAAGAAACACUAUUUCCUCUACAAGUGGAAUUUCAACACAGUUGCCGCUACCAACAACAUCCGUUGAUUCAAAUGUUUUAAACCAUACAAGUGAAAUAAAAUCACUCUCUUCUUUACAAACAACAUCAGUAGAAACAAAUUAUCAUAGUUCUACAAGUGAAAUCACAACACCAACCGUGAAGAUAGAAACUCAUAGCAUAACCAGUGGAACUACUGCACAGUCACAGACGCACACCACACCAGUGGAAACAAAUUAUCAUAGUUCUACAAGUGAAAUCACAACAUCAACCGUGAAGAUAGAAACUCCUAGCAUAACCAGUGGAACUACUGCACAGCCAAAGACGCACACCACAGCAGUGGAAACAAAUAAUCAGAACUCUACAAGUGGAAAUACGACUGAAAUUAGUUAUACAAAUGAAAUAAAAACAACUCGAUCAACAACAUCCAUUACACCCAGUAAAUCUAUUUCGCAAAGUUCAUCUCCUAAGGAAUCGUUAUCAUCAACAAAUGUGAAAGCUACAAAUCAUCCAAUUGCAACCAACGCAACGACAGUAACUACAAUUUCGACAGUGCAACCAAUACAGACAACACAUUCUUCCUCUACUAGUCAUAUCACAACAGAUGAAAAGACAACACUAAUAACAUCGUCAUCCCCUAGUCAAAUCACGACAGAUGAAAAGACAACACUUAUAACAUCGUCAUCUCCUAGUCAUAUAACAACAGAUGAAAAGACAACAGCAACAAAAUCUCCAUCUAUUAAUCAUAUCGCGACAGAUGAAAAGACAACAACAAUAACACCGUCAUCUACUAGUCAGAUCACGACAGAUGAAAAGACAACAACAACAUCGUCAUCUCCUAGUCAUAUAACAACAGAUGAAAAGACAACAGCAACAAAGUCUCCAUCUAUUAAUCAUAUCGCGACAGAUGAAAAUACAACAGCAACAACACCGUCAUCGUUUAGUAAUACCACGACAGAUGAAAAUACAACAGCAACAACACCGUCGUCUCCUAGUCAUAUCAUAACAGAUGAAAAUCCAACAACAAUAUCAUUGUCAUCUCUUAGUUAUAUCACAACAGAUGAAAAGACAACCACAAUAGCAACACAAUCUCCAUCUUUUAGUCAUAUCACAACAGAUAAAAAGACAACAACAAUAACACCGUCAUCUUUUAGUCAUAUCACAACAGAUGAAAAGACAACAGCAACAAAUUCUCCAUCUAUUAGUCAUAUCGUGAUCAAUGAAAAUACACCAACAACAAUACCGCCAUCUCCUAAUAAUAUGUUGAAUGAAAAGACUACAACAACAACACCGUCAUUUCCUAGUUAUAACAUGACCAGUGAAGGGACAACAACAGCACAACCUUUAUCUACUAGUAGUAUCACGAACAGUAUGAAGACAUCAAUAACACAACCUUCAUCUUCUAGUAUCACCAACAGUACACAGACACCAACAACACAACCUUCAUCUUCUAGUAGUAUCACGAACAGAGCAAAGACAGCAUCAACACAAUCUACUAGUCAAUCCCCAGCCAAUGUUAGGAUAACUAUUACAAAACCAAAUGCGACACCAUAUUCAUCGACAGCAACACCUAUUGCAAAAAAAGUAACAGUCGGACCAUGUAAGAAGACAUUUUCUGUAGUACAAGGAAGUUGUAGAAAACCAUGUGCUGGGGACAAUAUAUCUUGUGGAAGUAGCGGGAAAUGUUACAUAGAUGAUAAUAAACUAUCCAUAUGUGUAUGUAAUACAGAUGACGGAUUGUUUCAAUAUACUGGAGAUAAAUGUGGCGCAAAGGAGAUGAAAUCAAAAUACGUCAUCACAAUAGCUGCUGGGGGUGCGGGAGGAAUAAUUCUGAUUGUUUUAUUCAUAGUUUGUGGAUGUUUUUGUUGGCGACGCUCACGUGAUAGAAGUUACGCUAGUGAAUGGGAAUCUCUUAACGACUACCGUGUCUCAGGCAGGAACGUACAAUACAUUGAUGGUUACAAAACCGAUGGCACUUUUGGAAAAGGGAAAGAUAACCCAGCAUAUGACAAAUAUUACAGAGAGGACGAUUUCACAGAAAAUGAUAAAAAGGAUAUAGAAAUUUCUCCUGACAACAUUGUUAAUCCAUCUGAACUGUCAAUGAAGGGUCCAAACGAUCAUGACAAUCCAAGCUUUCUUUAUAGCGACGUAUGGAAACCAAGAAGUUUGCGUUUACAGCCCGAUACCAGUUGAAAGGAAUCCUGCCUGACGACAGAAACGACAAAUAAUACUCACAACUGAACAAUCGUCCAUUACCAGGACGAUAGAUUGUCCAAUCAUAAAAUUGUUCAUUGCAUACAUUUUUGACUGUAAAUAGAAAUAAAACAACAUCAGCUACGCGUGGGAAAGAGGACAUUUAUUAACUAGCAUACAGGGAGCGUUUUGCAUAAAUGUAUAAUAAUCUCCUAUGUUUGUGUUUGUUUCAAUCUUUAGUGUCAAAUUUGUUUCCUUGCCUCCAUA